CUUUUUUUUUUUUUUUUUUUUUUUUUUUUUAAAUUCCUGCUUUUCUUGCUCUACUUCAUCUGUUUAUAAGUCCCUCCCUGCCAUUAAACCCAACUUUGCUCUCGUUCAAUCAUUUCAGCGCAGCUUCUGAUCAUUCUCAGAGGUUCACAGAAAAACCAUGGGGGCAGAAAAGCAAGUCACCACAAUGGUGCUGAAGGUGGAUCUUCAGUGCUGCAAAUGCUACAAGAAGGUCAAGAAAAUACUCUGUAAAAUCCCUCAAAUACACGACCAGGUAUACGAUGAGAAGAAUGGCAGAGUGACAAUCAAAGUGGUAUGUUGUAGUCCUGAAAAGAUCAAGGAAAAAAUUAUCUGCAAAGGUGGUGAUACCAUUAAAAGCGUCGAGAUCAUAGUUCCGAAGCCUAAACCACCUGAAAAGCCCAAAGAACCAGAGAAGCCCAAAGAACCAGCAAAGCCCAAAGAACCAGAAAAGCCUAAGGAACCACCGAAACCUAAAGAACCUGAGAAGCCUAAGGAACCACCGAAGCCUAAAGAGCCAGAGAAACCUAAGGAACCUGAGAAGCCGAAACCACAGCCUCCGCCGAAACCACAGCCUCCGCCUCCUUGUCAACCGGUGCCGGGAUGCCCACCACCGUUAGUUCCGAUGGGAGUAUGUUGCCAGCAAUGUUACAAUGGGAUUCCCGGUGGGCCAUGCUUUCAUGGCCAUGGUGGGCCACCACCAUGUUACCAAUACGAUGGGUAUUGUGGAAGGCCAGUCUUUGACAGCUGGGGUGGUGGAAGACCUGUCUAUGUCAGCCGCUGUGAUACUUUCAGUGAAGAAAAUCCCCAAGCUUGCACUAUUAUGUAGAUCAUUUUUUGUUUUUCUUUUUUUUUGGGUUUUUUUCUUAAUAAGGAAAAAAUUUUCUUCUUAUAAUAUCUACUUAGCAGUGUUGGAAUGUUGAGUCAAGCUUCGGAUUCCAAAUGGGUUAUUUUUAUGUAGCACAAAAAAAUUAUCGUUGUUAUUAUAUAUAAGGUAGAUGGGGAAAUACUGGAAUAUUAAAUGAAUAUGGUUGUUUGUUGAUAGAGUGGGGGUACAUGAGGUGUUACAAUUUUUCUAAAAAAAUAAUUAAAUAACAAUAAUUGAAGGUCCCA